UAAUUUGUAGCAAAAAUUCAUUUCAACUUUUUUCCAAUUCCAUUUCUCAAAUUCGGCGAUUGAUUCCCCCAUUUUUCACUAUCAAUGAUGCUUCAGCCAUGGCGCCGUCGAUUUAAACUCCGGUGAUCUCUCUCGUUUUCGACUCUGCCGGGUUCUGUGUCUUUGGUUGCUUGAGGGGUGGAAGCCUUCCAAGAAAUAAAUUUUGAGCUCCCCAGAUGUGGUAUAACUAAUGUUAUUGGCAGUAGAAGGAGGAGGGUUCUUUUCUUCUUCAGCAUCUGGGUAUAGCAAGGGUUUGACCCUUCUCCUUUUGGGUCAAAAGGACGAAGAUAAACCCAUGAGAGUUUCUCCGUGGAAUCAUUACCAGUUGGUGGACCAAGAAUCAGAAUCUGACCUCCAGCUGGCUUCCACAAAGAACCACAUUUCCCACGGCUGUGCCUCCUUUGUUUGCUUUGGUCGCACUUCCGCAGGGCUCGACAGUUCCCCUUCUCCUCUUAAAGUUGGCCCAACCUUACCACAUGAUUCUUUGCCUGGGCCUAUAAGUACCGAAGAGAGGAAAGAUGAAUUUCCUAAUGUGGAAGAUGGUAAUACUUUCAGAAAUAUAGCCCUUAAAAGUAGCUUGAAAAGGCCAAGUAAUGGUAUUUCAAUUUCUCAUCAGAAUGCUCAUGAAAGUGAAACAAUAAGUAAAAAGGAUGGUGAUAUACGUUGUCUUACUAAUAGAAGGAAAGUUCAGUGGACUGAUGCUUGUGGGAGUGAACUUGUAGAGAUCAGGGAAUUUGAGCCCAGUGAAGCAGAUCUUUCCGAUGACGAGUUUGAAAAUGGGAACAAGAGAAGUUGUUCUUGUGCAAUUAUGUAGCUUGGCUCAUGUCCAAAAUUCUUUAGGAUGCUUCAAGAAGUAGAGUAAAUCUUCAACAGAGAAAAAAAAAGGGGGGGGAAAUGCUUGUCUGCCUCCUUUGCUUAACAUUCUUUGUGGAUCGCGACAUUCCGAUAAGCCACGACCAUGACGACAACUUCAAUCAAUGGCCACAUUUUCCACUCAAUCAUCGUUGUUCAUAGUAAUCAUUUCAGUUUUGUUCUUGUGUGCUUUGUUUAUUAUUAUUGUCAUUUGUAAGACUUCCUCCAUUGUACACUAUCUUCAGUAUAUUCUUAAUUGUUUUCUUUUUUGGUCAUUUGCUAUAUAAUGAAUAUUCAUUUGUUGUCCCAAAUUCCCAAAUGAUACAUCCUGAUGGAAUUAUAUUA